AUGGUGACGAAUAAUGAAGGGAGGAAGGUGGAUAUCUCUCUCAUUCACCGAAUCACUGCUUCUUCAGUGGGUGGAAUAAUCACGGCCUUUGUUAUGACACCCUUAGAUGUCUUGAAAGUGCGCAUGCAGUCUGAUAGAGUGUAUUCCGAAAGCAAGUGUUUUACUUAUUGCAACGAAAUGAUUAAAAGACUCUGUACAUGCUCACUCAGCCCUAAUACAUGUGCUGUAUCCUGGUCAAUGCGUGCUAUGAAUUAUGAGGGAAGGUGGAAUUGGUGUACUCUUAACGAAUCUCAUUGCUGUCCUACUUGUAUCAUUCAUUUCGACAAUCCUUCUUUCUUCACAUUCUCUCGGCGUCUUCCUACUGCCUCAGAUACACUGAUGAAAAUAAUUCGUAAUGAAGGUGUUUUAUCAUUAUGGAGUGGACUUUCUCCAACACUUGUAAUGACACUUCCUCAAACUAUUAUCUACUUCACUGUCAAUGACUGGUUAAAAUAUCAAGUUGGAUAUACUUCCAAAACGAUUAACAAGUCAAAAACAGCUGAACAGAACUUUAUUUCUGCUAAAUCUUUCAUUCCACCUCUAGUUGGAGGUGUAUCACGGGUUUUCGCUGUAAUGGCUGUAUCACCAAUGGAAUUAUUGCGGACGAAAAUGCAGGCAAAAAAACUACCCUACCGGGAAAUAACAACUUUGCUUGUUACAACAGUGAGACAGGAUGGUUUGAAAAGUCUAUGGUUAGGUGCUGGACCAACUCUUCUACGCGAUGUUCCUUAUUCAAUGAUAUUUUGGUUUACUUAUGAUUGUAUGAAAUCUGGAUAUAUCAAUAAACAGACAGGAAUCGAUAUAUUGUCAAAAAGUAAAUCGGCUAACACUCUUGAUGGAGUAUCUUUUUCAUGUCUGUUUAGUUUUGCAGCAAUUUCUGGACUGAUCUCUGGUAUACUAACACAUCCAUUUGAUGUCAUUAAAACGCAUAGACAAGUUGAUUUUGGAAAUCAUUCAUUUGGAAGUAACUAUUCUUUCCCAACAUCGACUUGGGCAUCUUUACAGCACUUGUACAGUAAAAAUGGUCUUCCUGCAUUGUUUUCUGGCUUUACGCCAAGACUAUUGAAAACUACCAUCUCAUCUGCAAUUAUGAUGGCUAUUUUUGAAAGUUUAAAAGAAACAUUUGUAAAUAUUACAAUAAGUUAG